CAAAGUUACCAACAUUGGAUCCAAGAAAGCAACUAGUAACCUCGGCUUAAAACAAAUUAGACAAAUUAUUUUUAUUUUACUGAAGAAAAAAAAGCUAUAACUUGACAUGUUUCAGAUUGAAAUCAUAUAAAUAUAUAUGGUAUAUGGGGUAGGGUGCCAAAUACAACACUGUCCACAGAUAGAGGUUUCAUAAUUUGGAGGAAGGAAGGAAGAGAUGGGUGAGACAUGCAUUCCAGUAGUUGAUCUCUCUCCUUUCCUGAGAGAGGAUGAGGAUAGCAAAAAGAAAGCCAUGGAAGUAAUCACUCAAGCCUGUUCUGAAUAUGGUUUUUUCCAAAUAGUGAAUCAUGGGCUUUCACUAGAUUUGAUUAAAGAGGCCUUGCAGCUAUCUAAGACCUUUUUUGAUUACUCUUAUGAAGAAAAGAGCAAGAGCAGUGCUUCCUCUGGUGCACUAUUCCCUCCUGGCUACAAUCGGAGGCCUCCGCAUUCCCCAGACAAAAACGAGUUCUUGCUGGUCUUUCCUCCAGGAUCCAGCUCCAAUGUCUUCCCUCCAAACCCUCCCAACUUCAGGAUCGUGCUUGAAGAAAUGUUUGUACAAAUGAGCAAGAUGGGUGUGCUGUUGGAGAGCAUUAUAAACGAGUGCUUGGGUCUCCCUACCAACUUCUUGAAGGAAUUCAAUCAUGACAGGAGUGGAGAUUACAUGGUGGCCUUCCAUUACUUCCCAGCUGCUUCCAAAAAUGAGAAUAAUGGAAUCACAGAUCGUCAAGAUAGCAAUUGUAUUACCUUAGCUAUCCAGGAUGGAGUUGGAGGCUUGCAGAUCCGUAAGAAUGGAGAGUGGAUCCCUGUUGUUCCAACAGAAGGUGCUAUUGUGGUCAAUGUUGGCAAUAUUAUCCAGGUCUUGAGUAACAAAAAGUUUAAGAGUGCAACUUACCGAGUAGUGAGAACAGAAGGACGAAGCAGGUACUCUUAUGCGUUCUUCCAUAACAUAAUAGGAGACAAGUGGGUUGAACCAUUGUCACAAUUCACCAAAGACAUUGGGGAGCCACCAAAGUAUAGAGGAUUCCUAUAUAAGGAUUACCAGGAGUUGAGAAUGAAGAACAAGAUCAAUCCACCUUCUCGGCCUGAGGAUGUGAUCCAGAUUACUCAUUAUGCAAUUGAUAACUAGACUAUAGGGUAGAUCCAUUACUACUACCAACAAAAAAUAAUCAUGCUUCGUACUAGAUUCAUAGCACGAAUUGUUUGUGAACUAUUUAUGGUUUAUUAUGGCUCCCUUGUUGUCUUAAGGGAUAUAUAUAGAAGAGGUCUUGAUCCAUAUUUUAAUAUCAGAUAUUUAAUUCCCCCUUCUGAUGCACAAUAAAAUAUUCAAAAUUCAUCAA